GCUAGUCGUCUCCUUCCGCCCUUCCUCCACGGCCGCCCCCUGCCCUGCCCUGCCCUGCCCGACCUCUCUCGUCUAGCCUCUGCUCGCCCAAAUCCACCCCCGGGUUCCCCUGCCCCCGCCCUUUUGCGCUUCUGGGACCUGACCUGGUCUAGCAAAACCCAUCCCACACCACAAACACCACCACUUCGCCUGCCCGUUUGUUGACCUGCGCAUCCAUCUCGACUCGCCUUCUUUGUCGGGAUCGAAGCCACCUGCUGCUUGGCCCUCUGCUCUGCGACUCGAACACGACAUCCAUCAAUGGGCGUUUCCCCGUGCGCUCUGAUACGGAGAAGCACCACUAACUAGCCCGACGCUCGCUUCACUCCCGUACUAGCCACCCCCACGACGGCGCCUAUAAGGAUGCCCCUCUUCUCCAACGCGAACCCCAGGAUCCCAUCUCAUCCCGCCAGCAGCGGGACCCCCGGCGCGCAGCAUUGAGGCUGCGGGCAAUCAAGCAGGAAAGGCUUAACCUCGCAUAGUAUAGCCAGUGGCUCCGCGGGGACGCCGCAACCCCGCCGCCUGCAAUGGCUCUGUGGCUCUUCCGAAGGAGGACGCGCAGGAAACGCUCGAUCCGCACCGCCAACGGAGACGAUGCGCAUCUUCCGAGGAGACAGACUGCGCCCCCAACUCUAGCCACCUCAACCCAGGACGACGUACUCUCACCAUUGCCCGUCGAUGCGGCGCAGCAACUCCCCGGCGCUGACGCCGUCCACCGGCGCCCGAGCAGACUGCAGAGGCUGACCAGGACGUACAGCUUCGAGACAGGACGAAGGGAUGAAAUGCUGGUCGGACGACGAGGAAGCACCCGGAAAUCUAAACGGGGGACGGCCCCACCACCGCCUCUCGCUACAGGGUCCAACCCGGCCACGUCACUCGGCCCCCGUCCGCAGCUGCCACCGGGACAGGAGGAUAAGGAGGCGGGCUCGCCCAUGCCUGAUGGCGGCGCCUAUGCCCCCUUCGACCGUGUCCCCACACUCUACGCAACGAAGCGCGACGGCGGCCAUCUAAUGUCGCGCAAACUGAGCAAGCGGAGGAAGAACUCGCACGAUCGCGAGCGCGAGGCCGAGCUCAAGGCCCUGCGAGACUUCACCCCGGUACGGCCUGCCACCGACGCCUGGACUUCGGGACGGCCCCUCAAGAAAGACAGCAGCCGCCGCGUCAGGUCGGGAGGCUUCGCCUUUGUGAAGAACCCCUGGGAGAGGGAACAACACCCUUCCGACGUCUCGCUCCCGCUUGCCGAGUCGAUCCACUCGAGCCUGUCCUCUGACUCUGAGCAGGUGUCUUACAAAGUCUCGGCCUUUGACGUCCUCGCCCCCAAGCCCACCCUGAGGCGCACGGCGAACCCACGAUGCACACCCUCUCAGUCCAUCACUGGGGCCGCCCCCGCGCGGUCCGACUCCCAGAAGCGCAAGGUCUCGGGCAGGUCGCAGAUCCCCGAGGCCACACUCAAGGCGCACAAACGAGUUGACGAUCUCGCCGACGAUCUCGAUGCCAGCGACCUACGAGAGCUUAUGGAACGCGACAAGAGGAGGCGAGAGAGGAAGCGCGAGCGCGAACGGGAGAAAAUCGAGAGCAAGCUUGCCCGCCGGGCUGAGAAGGAGAGGCGAGCCCUCGCGAAGGGCAGAGAGUCGCCACCGAACCUCGAGCGCGGCGUGCUCGGUCGCGAAUCCCUCGGUCUCGGAAUCGAGACAACCUCGGCUGUUGUUACUUCCUCCAGACGACGCCAAUCCAGCGGUUCCCCGGCAAAGAAGACAGAGAGGCGCCCAGAGGACGCUGCUUCCGACAGCCCCAACGUCGCCAAUGACGAGAUGGAGGAAUCUCAGCGUCCGCUGGAUGUCUUCCACCGGGUUGAUAGCAUCGUCCCGGAGGAACCGACGUCGCCCGGCAAGGAGCAUCUCGAGGAGCCCGUCAUGCCUCUGGCGCAGGAACGGAGCCCCAAGGUCAAGGGCUUCUUGCGCUCCAAAAAGUCACGAUCCAAGUCACCUCCCUCGGAUAAUGCGCAGUCGGACAUAUCAGGAACCCCGCGCAACGCAUCUGAGGCUUCGUACCGAAGCCCCAUGUCGUGGACAUCGUUCUUCAAGUGGGGUCUUAGGACAAAGCGAAGCUCGGGACCUUCGUCCUUCUCAAACACGUCGCGUGAUUCCAUGUCGACUCAACCGCCGGCACAAACACAAAACAUCUCUCCCUUCAACGUGACCUUCAUCCCGCCUGUUGCUGCCGGCCGAGGGCCCUCAGUCCCGAAGCGAACACGGUCUCGCUUCCGGGAAGAUCUUCCCGAGCUGCCUCUGUCGCCCCCAGACUCGCGGAUACAGUCACCCGACUUUGACGUGGUGCCACCCGUAAUCAUGGAGCAGGACUCCCCUCCGGCGGGCUUGAUGCCCGCCCCCACUGCCCCCAUCAAUAUCCCUGGCAGCCGCCGCUAUGACACGCCUGCAUCCGACGAUAUGAGACGUACGCCGUCGUCUCUUUUCAGAGACGGAGUUGAACCAUCUCCAGAGCCGCAGCAAUCCAUGUCGCUGGCGUCGAUCGAUUCCGAGGGCUCAUGGCUUUCGGGCCGCGCCAAGAGUGGCCGACUUUCCUCGCAGGCCAAACAGCGCCCCGUGCAAAUGUUCGAAGGUCCCGACGACGACAUGACCGAAGCCGGCGAGAACGCAGGCGACUCGGCUGGGAUUGCCGACGACGAGUAUCUCAACAGGGUCGCCAGCCGGUCCUCAGGCACGGGGUAUCCGGCAGCUUGGGUCAAUAACGAGACUUCUGGCGAGCUUAGGCCCUCGGGUGACGAGAAGGACGAUCCUCGCUGGGGAGCCGUGAGCGGCAAGCAGCCCGAGGUCAUCCGGCCGUCUCAUGCAGGACGCAUCAAGAGCAGGGAGGGUCUCCUUAACAUGGUGAGGCCAGUCACUGCCCAGGGUGACAACAGCGAGCCCGGAUCCCCUACGUCGCCUGUAUCGCCCGACAGCAAUGCGUCCGAGGACGUCGGCCGCCUGCAGAGAGCGACCAGCAUCAACCUCGGCCAGUCCCACGCGCGACACAUCAGCGCCGGCAGCGCUCGCUUGCUGGAUCUGUCACCGAGGUCGUCGACGGACAUUAAGAGGAAGAGCUGGGCGGCCGACAACCGUCUGUCUGAGACUUCUCCAUCCGUCUAGAUAUGGAGACUUGACAUGACGCUGGGCGACUAUCCAGGCCAAAAAUACAAGGUGACGUAUACCAGGAAUAAAUGCCAUGAAAGGAUGCCAGCCAAAUCGAGCGAAACCACCCCCACCUGUCCUCACUGGACCCUUUCCUUGCACAAACCGACCGUCCAGAAUACACUGAGACAACCUUACACUCACUUCACUCUACUUUCCUUGCACCCACUCUCUGACCACAGUCGCUCAUUCACAACUUUUCCUUGCCAUGUCAUCCACAACACAUCAACAUCGCACAAAAAAAAAACUUGAAAAUCAGACUGUUACAAGUCACACAAAAUCCUAUCUUCCUCGAUCAAUUUGGUUGGCAUCCAGACGCGGCUCCGGUAUACUAACCCGACGAGACCUGGCUCUAUUGCCCCGGACUGGGCCCCUUUCUAUCUAUCAACAUGGCGACCUACCUGCAUAUUUGGGGUAUCUUUUUCUCUCUUUCGAUUCACGUUUUGUUUCUUGGCGGCAUCCGGCUGGGAGACCAUCUCGCUGCCGUUGUUUUGUCUUUGAUUAUUUUGCGCGCUAUGUCACGAUACCCCUUGUUUAUUUUACGCACAAAACUUCGGAGACUUGAUUUCUUUUGGGUUGCGCUUUUUAUCCCGGCGUGUUUGAGUAUGGAGUGAAUCAGGUUCUCGCCUGGGCGGGAAGACGUAUAGCAUGGGAUUGCACAUGAGAUUACGCGAACCUACAUGGAUGGGGGAUGAAAGUUCAAGGGAACUGUCGUUCUCUCGGGUCAAAGUUGCGAGCUAGAGGGUGAAGAAAUCAAGUCGGUGUUUGAGUAUUGCA